AUGCCCUCCUUCCAGCAAAUCCCUCUUGCCCUCUGCGCCCUGGUCGCAACCGCUGUCGCCACUACCUCUUCCGACACCAUCAGCUACGAUGCCACCGUCUACAUCACCUCAACCAUCACCCGCGUCAACACCGUCACUGCCAGCUCUUCUCCCACCGGCGCCCCCGUGAACCAGACGUCCACCAUCAUCGCCAGCCACCCCACCGCUGCGCCCUCUUUCAGCUCUUUUAACGCUGGCAACGCUACCGGCGUCGCGCCGACUGCUGCUCCCUCGGCGUCUACUGCUACCCUCCCCAGCGCUUCCGCCCCUGCCGCCUUCCCUGGCGCCGCCUCUUCUCUCACCGCAAACGUCUACCUUGCCGUCGUCGCUGCCGGUCUUGGUUACCUCGUCCUCUGA